AUGUGGAAUGAGACGGGUGAUUGUUGCGAAUGGGGAGGUGUGGGAUGUGAUGACUCGGGGCACGUUAUCAGUUUGGACCUUAGCAUCGAGCGCAUCUCUGGCAGAAUUGGUGAGUCAUCAGCCCUUUUUCGGUUGACAUACUUGUCGAACCUUAAUCUCCUUUCUAAUGACUUCACCACAAGUGAGAUUCCUAACCAAUUCCAUCGUCUCCCUAAUUUGAGAUACCUUAAUAUGAAAAUUUCUGGUUUCAAGGGACCAUUUCCAUCCACGCUGGCCAACCUAACAGAGCUAGUUGACUUGGAUAUGUCAAGUAACUUUCUCACUGGUUCAAUUCCUUCAUUUCAUAAUUGCAAGAAUCUUGAAUUGAUAGAUCUUAAUCAUAAUAAUCUAACAGGCUCACUUUCUCACUUGCAUUUUAAAGGUCUUAAAAACCUUAAUCGUUUAGAUCUAAGCCACAAUUCGUUGAACGGCACCAUUCCUCGCCAUCUUUUUGCCCUACCUUCACUUUAUAUUCUCUAUCUAUCCAACAACCAAUUCAGUGGACAAAUCAAAGAGAUUUCCAUUGUAGACCACUCUAACCUUGGUUGGCUAGAUUUGAGUGACAAUAGGAUUGAAGGUCUUAUUCCUAACUUCUUCUUCCAGCUUCAAAACAUGUCAAGUCUCAAGCUUUCUGACAACUUGUUCAAUGGCACUUUUGAGCUGAAUAAGUUCCAAACUCUCACAAGUCUUUCGGAACUUACUCUUUCAAACAAUAACUUGUCAGUUGACACAACCAACAUGAGUUCAAGUUCGCAUGAAUUCCCUCCCAACUUAAAUAUAUUGCACGUGUCAUCCUGCAAUCUGCAUGAUUUCCCAAAUCUUAGAAAUCUAUCCUAUUUGGCAGAUUUGGACCUCUCAAACAAUCAUUUGCAAGGGGAUAUUCCUAGUUGGAUUUGGGGAACUGAAAUGAUCUCUUUAAACCUUUCGCUUAAUCUUCUAACAGAUUUGCAAAAGCCUUACCAUAUACCGGGUUCUCUUCAAACACUAGACUUGCACUCUAACCUUUUGAGUUGUGAGUUUCCCUUACUACGUCCAGAUGCAAACGAAUCUGAUUAUUAUUUUGCCAAUUUCUUGUUUCUCGCAAACAAUAGCCUAGCCGGAGUAAUCCCAACCUCCAUCUGCAGUAUAUCUCGGCUCAUGGUUCUCGACUUGUCUUUCAAUAACUUCGAUGGUAGCAUACCUCCAUGCCUACUUGGAGAAAGUUAUUACCUUAAGGUGCUCAAUAUCAGGGGAAACAACAUUAGUGGUGUUAUCCCUGAUGCAAUAAUUGGGGAGUGUGCCCUAAAAACCUUUGAUGUUAGUGAUAACAACUUAGGUGGGAAGAUUCCAAAGUCUUUGGCAAAUUGUAAUGAAUUAGCAGUGAUGAAUGUUGGAAACAACAACUUUGAUGAUAGUUUCCCUUGUAAGGCGUUGCCAGAGAGCUUGAAGGUUCUUGUGUUGCGCUCCAAUCGAUUCCAUGGAGAGUUGAGAUGUGGUAAGAGUUGGCCGGAUCUUCAAAUUUUGGAUAUAUCUUCAAAUGGUUUAAGUGGCACUCUUGAUUCCCUAAACUUCUCAAGUUGGAGAGGAAUGAUGCUACCAAGUCAGGCACAUUUAAAGCGAAACCGUUCAGCCUCCGAUAUUUUGAGUGCAAACGAUUUAUAUCGGGAUGAGGUGACUAUAACUGUGAAAAGUGUAGAGGUGAAGAUUGUGAAGAUUUGGCCUGACUUUACAUCCAUUGAUUUGUCUUCCAAUCGUUUUCAAGGAGAAAUACCAUAUGCAAUUGGCAAUCUUAGCUCACUUUAUCUUCUCAACUUAUCCCACAACUCUCUCAGUUAUGCAAUCCCGAGAUCAUUGGGUGCCUUGAGAGUGCUUGGGUCGCUCGACCUCUCUUCAAACAAGCUCAUCGGGAGAAUACCAGAGGAUCUUGCCAAACUCAAUUUCCUUUCAGUUUUGAACUUGUCAUACAAUCAUCUCACUGGACUGAUUCCAACUGGCACUCAGUUUCAAACGUUUUCGGCAGAUUCAUUUGAAGGAAACGCAGGGUUAUCUGGUUACCCACUCAACGGAAGUUUCAACCAUUAUCCACCUGGUCCAUCGCCAUCAGACGAUUCAGAAUCAAAAGAUGAGGAGAUUGAGUGGGAAUAUGUGUUCGCUGCACUUGGUUAUGUUGUGGGAUUCGGAAGCAUUGCAUGGACACUGUUAUUUUGCAGGAGGUUGAGAGAAAGAUACUUUGAGAAGAUAGAAGAAGGUUGUUGA